AUGAUCAAGCCUGCCUCGAUUAUCAUAUCCUAUACGGUUGUCGGUAUUGUGGUCUAUCUGGUUUUGUGUGCCUUGGGUGAGGUUGCUGCUUGGCUUCCUGAACCCUCCACGGCACCCGCUCAUGCUGUGCGGUUCUGUGACCCAGCUCUUGGGUUUACCCUGGGCUGGAUAUACUGGCUCAAGUACCUGGUUGUCACCCCAAACCAGCUUACGGCAGGUGCACUGGUCAUUUCAUAUUGGCUAGAUAUGAAGUACGUGAAUCCGGGGGUUUGGAUCUCUACUUUCCUAGUUAUCAUUGUUGCCACAAAUUACUGGGGCUCCCAAUACAUUGGCACAUUCGAGUUCGCGCUAUCAUCCUUCAAGAUCUUGGUUCUCUUUGCACUUACGGUGCUUUCUCUGGUCAUUGCACUCGGUGGAGGCCCAGACCACGAAGUGAGGGGCUUUCGGUACUGGAGAGAUCCAGGUGCCUUUGCGCCUUAUGGUGACCAUGAAUUACUCGGAAGGUUUCAAGCUGUAUGCAAGACAAUGUCCUCCACAACGUUCGCGUACCUGGGCAGUGAGCUCCUCGGGAUGACCAUGCUCCAUAUUGAGAACCCUCCAGAAGCUGCUGCACGAGCGAUCAAACUCACCUUUUAUCGAGUACUGAUUUUUAAUAUUUUCAGCGUGACUCUUCUUGGGAUGCUGGUUCCUUUCGAUUCGCAAGAUUUGGCCUUUGCAGGCAACGCUUCCAAGCCAACUACAGUCUCGGCCUUUAUUGUGGCAAUUCGUAUGGCGCACAUACCUAUCCUUCCAAGUAUCCUGAACGCAUUCAUCCUCUUCUUUGUUCUGUCGGCUGCAAACCAGGCGCUGUAUAUGGCAACGCGGACGAUCUACGGGCUCUCCCAAGAACAAAAGGCUCCUGCAUUUCUAUCGCACACUAACAGGAGAGGUAUUCCCAUCUAUUCUUUGGGUAUCUGUUCUGGCUUGGCAUCGUUGGCAUUUUUAAACAUCUCGAGCGACUCCAAGGUCCUUUUCGGGUAUUUUGUCAACAUUAUCACGAUGUUCAGUCUGUUGACGUGGAUCUCCAUUCUCAUCACGCAUAUUUCAUUCGUUCGGGCGCGCAAGGCUCAGAAAAUUCCCGACUCGGCGCUGCUUUUCAGGGCUCCAUUCGGGGUUUGGGGUUCGUGGUUCGCUCUGUUGAGCUGCAUGCUCAUCUCGCUGAUGAGAGGCUUCGAUGUUGUAGAGAUGGCCGUGCACCCUAAGAGAUUUGAUUAUAAAACAUUUGUCACGUCAUAUCUGGCCGUUCCUCUGUAUGUAUCCCUUGUUGUCGGGUAUAAAGUUCUUACCCGCUGCAAGAGCGUCAAUCCCGAGGAGGCCGACCUUUGGACCGUCACAACGAUCCGUGAACGGCGCGAGGCGAAGACGACGGUUCCCAAGUCCGAAGUCGAGGCUUUCAAGGGGAAAUAUUGGCUGUGGCAUUGGAUCAUCACUGCAUGGCUGCUGUGA